ACAUCCCUCCCACCACGCGCCGGCCCGCCAUCCCUUGUAUUCCCCGGCCCUUCCCACUUGCCAACCACGGGGCCUCAAAUUUCGUGCCGUCAGCUCCUUCGCCCUCCGCCAUUUGACUGAUCUCCAAUCGGUCUUGAACUUGAUCUCCAACGAGAUGAGGUCUUCCUUCUCUUGCUGCAGAACUUCCUACGGAGAAGAAGAAGAACCAGCUUGGGGCCCCAAGCACCGGGUGUUCACCCACGAGGAGAUCGAGUCCGCCACCUCCGGCUUUUCUGCUUCCUCCCUGCUCGGUCGCGGCAGCCACGGCUCCGUCUUCCUCGCCUCGCUCGAUCAGGGCCGCCUCCUCGCCGCUGCCAAGCUCCCCUCCCAGUUUUCUAUCUCCUCGGAUUCGCCCUCGGCCGCCGACGCCGAGAUUGGCCUCCUCUCCUGCCUCCCACGCAGUCCGCUCCUGGUGAACCUUGUGGGCGCCACGCCGGCCGCCGGGCCCUCCCCACGCAUCGCGGUCGUCGACCUCAUGCCACAAGGAUCCCUCCACGACCUCCUGCACGACCAGCUCCGCCCAGCACCACCAUUCCCUCGCCGUCUCCGCCUAGCCCUCCUCUCCGCCACCGCCCUCGCCCACCUCCACUCCCUCUGCGUCGCCCAUCGCGACGUCAAGCCCGCCAACCUCUUACUCGACGCCAAGGGCCGGCCCCGCCUCGCCGACUUCGGCCUCGCCGUGCGCCUGUCCUCCCGGGACGGCCACGAAGCUGCCGUUUUACCGCAGCCUGCCGGCACCAUGGGCUACCUCGACCCGGCCUACUUCCACCCGGAGGACGUCAGCACGAGCACCGACGUAUACAGCUUCGGCGUCGUCCUCCUCGAGGUCCUCAGCGGGCGGGAAGCCAUCGACGUGGAGUACAGCCCGCCGUCGCUGGUGGACUGGGCGAGGCGACUGCUGGAGGAGGGGCGGUACGAGGAGAUAUGGGACCCGCGGGCGGCGCCGGAAGGGAGGAGGGAGAAGGAGGCUGCAAGGGCGAUGGCGGACGUGGCGGGGAGGUGCUUGGUUGCGGCCGCCAGGGAAAGGCCUUCAAUGGCAGAGGUGGUGGCGGAGCUCAGGGGGGCGGAGCGGCGGAUGGGUUUGCGCGGGCUGCGCCUCGCGCGGUGGGCCAUGCGGGGGAGGAGGGAGGGGAAGCGGUCGCACCCGCUCAGUGGGAACCGGAGGGUGUCCGACGUGGCGGCCUCGUAGCAUUCACGUGGCUUUUAGGUUCACGUCUUCGGCAGACACUUUAAUCUUCUGUUUGACGAUCGCAUGUAAUGGAUGAUGUGGAUUGACGCGUGUGUCGCAUGGUUGGAUAAGAACAACCACCUUACUAUUGCCUCCCCCA